AGAGCGGAGCUGGGAUCAGGAUCAGGGCGACCUAAACAUGUGCUGCCUGGCACCGCCCCCUCACUGGGGGCUCCCCAAAUCUUGCCGGGGUGCCAGCAGCUGGCAGGGGAAAGGGGAUGCCCGAUGAGCGGUGGUUGGUACUGAUUGGGUACCCAAGAAUAAGAGCUUGCAGCCUAGAAAUAGGAAUCAGAGACUCGCAGCACCAACAGAACUGGGAUCAGAGUCUGGCAUUACAUGAGCCGCACUGGGAUCAAACACUGGCACAACAGGGUAGCCCUGGGAUCAUAGCCUGGCACAGCAAGGUAACCCUGGUAUCAUAGCCUGGCACAGCACGUAUAGCCCUGGUAUCAUAGCCUGGCACAACAAGGUAGCCCUGGUAUUAUAGCCUGGCACAGCAAGGUAACCCUGGUAUCAUAGCCUGGCACAGCACGGAUAGCCCUGGUAUCAUAGCCUGGCACAGCACGGAUAGCCCUGGUAUAAUAGCCUGGCACAGCAAGGUAGCCCUGGGAUCAUAGCCUGGCACAGCACGGGUAGCCCUGGGAUCAUAGCCUGGCACAGCACGGAUAGCCCUGGUAUUAUAGCCUGGCACAGCACGGGUAGCCCUGGGAUCAUAGCCUGGCACAGCACGGGUAGCCCUGGGAUCAUAGCCUGGCACAGCACAGAUAGCCCUGGUAUUAUAGCCUGGCACAGCAAGGUAGCCCUGGGAUCAAAGCCUGGCACAGCACUGGUAGCCUGGUAUCAUAGCCUGGCACAGCACGGGUAGCCCUGGGAUCAUAGCCUGGUGAAAGAAGGUAGCACUGAGAUCAUAGCUUCCAGCUGGGCACUGCCCCCCCAGAUGUGAGAUGUCCGGUUUCAGAGCAUGGCACCGCUGAUAUAACUAUAACAUCAGAGCUUGACAUUGCACUGUGCAUUUGUGCAACAACCUUGCAUCGCCCCUGCACCCGAGAUCGGUGGCCCGAUGGCCCCAGGAUGAUCCGCUUCUUCCUGCUGCUCCUGCUGCUUCCCGGGGCCGAGCUUCUCGCCAGCACAGAUGAAUUGGAAAAGCUCCCCGUAGCUUCUCCGGGAGCUGAAGAUAACAUGCCUGUGACCUCUCCAACAACAUUCAGGAAAUCCGCUUCAACAUCCAGUAAAGCGAUGAACAAAGGAGCUAUUCCACAGAGCAAGUCUUCAAAACACAUACAGAAGCCUCAACUUCUGAAAGUUUCCCAUUUGGUAAAACCUGCUAAAUUCCAGCCAGUACAAGGAGAAAGGAGAACUGAUAUAUCUACCAACAUAGGAUCCUUGACAUCUCCAACAGCCAACAUAAAGCCAUCAAAGAUGUCUGUAAUUAAUAGCACUGGAACAGUUAUGGAUUUGGCUGUCAGGGGUCUGAAGAGCAAAAAGCCACACGUCCUUCCUGUUAAAGGGUAUAAUGACAAGAACAUUACGUUUGUGCAGAGGCAAACAAAUGUGACAAUGCCGGAAGCAUAUACCAAUAUUUCAUCUGAUUUGCAAGGGCUAUCUACAACUCUGAAGGUCAAAUUAAAGCAACCUAGAGAGACCACUGUACAAAGACCUUUACAGUUUGAUGUUGUAGAACAUAUUCUUGAGUCGGCGACUGUUGCAAGUAAAGUGGAAAAAUUAUCAUCUAUUGUUCACUCCCAACUUAGUCAGCCCCAGGAAAAACAGUCUUGGGUUAAUCGUAUUUCAGAAUCAAUGCGGCCAAUCUCAAAUCAGAACUUAUUACUUGAUCAAUUCCACCAAAUAACUCAAAAUUCCUCACUGUCUCCGUUUCUGCAAGAAAAGGGACCACAUUUGAACUUUUAUAAUUCACUUUCUGGCCAAGGAAAUGCCAGAGUUCAGAAAACUUCUUCAGCAAGAUUUAAAGAGAGAAUGAAGGAUAAUAUAGGAGUGGGAAUGGGAACACAAAGCAUAGAUGCCACCACUUUAAGCCCCCAUUUGGUGGAGCCCAAUCAUAUUAUAUCAAAAUCUUAUAUCAACCAUACUGGAGUUCAUGUCCUUGCAUCUGUGACAGGUGGAAAUAAAUCCAUUCCUACAGUAAAUAGUUCCAAAAUUAAUGUAAAUAACAGUCUUACAAAUCAAAGUAGUUCAGACAAUAACUUUUUACCCCAACUGCAUGCAAAACCCCAAGAUGGAAUUGAUAUUCUGCCCAUUACCACCCAAAAGGGACUAGAAGUAACCACUAUGACUGUAUCAUAUGUAGCUGGAAGUACAAAUCUGAAAGUAACUCAACCAGGUCAUAACCUACAUAGACAUACCCAUCCAACAUUACAAGUACAUGGUCAUACAAGUCUCUUGUCAGCCACAAACAGGACUCACGUAGAUGGUAUUAUAGAGCAAAAAAAGUUGCCAGUGACUGAAACUAAUAUAAAACAAGAUAGACUAAAUAAAAACACUACCAACAUUCACCAUGAUUCAGAAAAAAAUAAUGAACAAGGGCUAGUCAAACAGGUAGAACCGCAACCAACAAAACUCGUGUUAAACAUAGAAUCAGGGCCAACUAUUCAGAAUGAGGAAAUGACAGCCAUAACAAGCAAACAUUUGUUAAUUAAACAGAACCAGACUGAGAUAACUAUGCAUUACCCAUUGGAACCAUACACAAUAACCAAAACAUUAAAGAAAACGCAAUCAAAAAAAAAUGUGGGUCAUCCCUUAGUGACUACACAAACUCAACCAAAAACAUCCAAAAAUAAUCCCCUACUACAUGAUAUUCACAGAGAUACAACAGAUACAAACCAAAAGUCCCAACCAUCUACAAAAACACAACAGGAAUUUAAGUGGUUCCAAAAAGAAACAUCUACACAAACAAUACUAGAAUCUGCUACGCAAAUUGAAGAAAAGCGACACACACAAGCAGAACCAGAAUCUGCAACACAGAGUCAUACAAAGCCAUUCACACACAAAAAUACAGAAACAACUGUACAAACUGAAACAUUCACACAAGCAGAAACAACAAUUAAGAACUACACAAAUCUGUCCAUAUUUGCAGAAUUAAAAUUUGCAGUACAGAACCAAACAGAACCACAAACAUCACCAACCCAGAGUCAAGCAAAAACAUCCACACAAACAAAUCUAGACUCAGAAAUACUCAUCCAAACAGAACCAUCUACGCAAACAAAACGAGAAACAUCAGUAAAAGAAGAAACGUUAACAACAGAAAUAUCUACACAGACCCAAGCCCAAACAUUUACACAAAAAGAACCAGAACUAACAACAACAAAACUAUUCACUUUACAACAGAGAGAAACAGUACCACACACUCAGACAAAACCAGCCUCUACACCAAAGAUCCAAACAGAACCAUCGGCACAAACUGAAGAAGAAAUAUCAAGACAAACAAAGCUAGACUCUACACCACAGAUCCAAACAGAAUCAUCUGCUCAAACUGAAGAAGAAAUGUCAAAACAAUCGAAACUAACCACUACAACACAGAUGCAAAAGGAAACAUCUUCACAUAUUAAGCAAGAAACAUCAACACAAACACAACUAGGAUCUGCUACACAGAUCCAAAUAGUACUUUCCACAAACCCAGAGCUAGAAACAUCAACACAAGCAGAACCACAGACAUCAACACAGACCCAGGCAAGUACAUUUACACUAACAAUACCAAAAUCACUAGCAAAUAUCUCAUCAGAACCAUACACACAAAUAGUACCAAAAAUAUCAGCCCAUACAGAAUUUGACUUUGCAAAAAAGACUCACUCAGAAAUGUCCACACAAAGAAACAUGGAAUCAUCAACAGAGACCCAACCAGAAAAAUCAACAUAUACAGAAACAAACUUGACCACACCUAGCCAUACUAACCUAACCACUCAGAAAGAAUUAUCAACAUGGAUGCAACCAGCACUAUCCAUGGAAACAAAAGCCGUCACACAGAAAAAAAUCAACCAGUCUACACAACCAGCAACAGGAUUAGCUGAUGAGCCAUCCAUACGAACAGAAACACAAUCACCAAAUCAUUUUAAUCCAAUGUCAUCAGUAGCUGAAUUUACAAUACAGACUCAGCCAGAUCAUGCCAACCAGACCCAAGAUAAACCAAGCCGUCAAACACAUUCUAAAAUAGACACACAUACCCAAACCCAUACUGCCUUACAAAGCAGAAUACAACCAUCUACAAUAACUGAAGUAAAAUUAACAACACAAACCCAAACAGAAACAUACACAAUAAAUCAAUCAUCAACAGUCAUUAAACAAAGUCCAGCCUCAAAGUUUGCUACACAAACCCAACUUAUUUCAGCCACAAAGACAGAACUUAACCCAAACAAUCAAAAACCUGAACUUGUAACACAGACUGAAGCAACAUUUACAAUGAAAUUCCAUUCUGAACCAACUAGUGAAAGCCAACCAGCUAUGGUUACACAAAUACAAAAUAAUACAAAGACCAAUAUUUCACAAACAGAACCAGAGCAGAGCACACACAUUCUUUCAGAGUUAAGUACAGUGAUGCUGCUAGAGUCAACUACUUAUACUGACAUAGAACCAGACAUUCAGACACACAAAGACAAAGCCACAGAUACACCUGUAUCAGCUAACACACACACCAACACUGUCCAUACUUCAGUACCAUGGACAGUGGACUUAAAUAUAAACAGCAGCCAAUUUGCAUUGUUGGCAACAUCUGUAGCUGUAGGAGAAUCCCAAAGGACGAGAUCUUGGCAUGGAAGAAGCCACAAUGAGUCCCAAUAUGUUACACAGGAUCCUGCAAUAAACUUCACAGAAGACUUUUUUCAUCCCACCUUGGGGACAAUAGCUACAGAUGAUCCUCAUCGCAGAAUGCUCACAACAAAGAACAUAUUGUCAGAGGAAGAACCAGCACAGAGUCCUGAAGCUGAGGAGCUCAGCACACCUCAACCUAAGUUUUUUACACAACUGAUGUCAACGACUCUCCCCUCUCGCACCUUCAGUGAGCUACUAUCUACGCCAUCUGCAAAGCACAGGAUAUCUAUAGUAGAUGAGCAGCCUCCAGUCUUUAAAGUUCAGAGAAUUAAUAUCACUUACAGAAUCCAACUAACGACAUCAUGUGAGCAGCCAGACCCAUGUCAGUCACGUGCUCUUCAAGAGGUGACAUCUCUUUAUGAAAUUGUUCCUGGAUUUGAUGGAAUUGAGCUUCUAAAUACCACACUGGACAAAACCUUGUUGGAAUACAGAGUGCAAAUUGCUGUACAAACCGGCAGUGUGAUUUCAGAAGCCCAAGUAUAUUUUCUUCAAGAUCCUUUCUGGUUAUUUGGAUCCUCCCAAGCAUUAGAAAAUGAUCUCCGCUCUAAGAUCCGCAGCAUUUCGUUGGCAGAGGAGCAAGCCGACCCCUGCAAUGAUUGGUUUUCCUGUCCGGAGGGAUAUCAGUGCAUGCCCACACGUCUGCUCAGUGCCCACUGUCUGUCACCUUGUCAUCGGGGCUUCUGCCACAAUCAUGGCAUCUGCAUCCAUCAAAAAGACAAAGAGCCAGAGUGCCAAUGCCCAAUUGGUAGAGAUUUCUGGUACAUGGGGCAGAGGUGUGAUUACAGAAUGACUCACCAACGUCUGGCGGCCAUUGCCUGUGCAAUAGUGUUCUGCAUUAUUAUUUGCGCAGUGGCUGCUGUUUUCCUUCUCGUCCGUCGUUUCCAGCAGCAAAUCAUGCAGCAAAAACUGGCACAAACCCAGAGCAGUUACCGGAGAUUCAGUCGUUUUGAUGACGUUCCUACUCAUUUCUGGUGUCCGUCCCAGACAUGGCUCACCACCUCCGCUUCCCUAAAUUCCUUGGAUAACCCAGCAUUCAGCAGCUCUGAAGAGGUCUUCCCAUUGCAGGCAUUGGGCAGCUGUGUAUGUGGCUGCCAAGAUGGAGUACAGAGCUGUGACCAGACUAACGCACCACCGUCAACUGCAAGGGUCCUCCCCAGGUUGGAGACCAGCUGCAGCAGCGUCAAUGAUCUGAUGAUCGAUUCUGGCAAAGCAAGUGACGUGUCUGUAUCAAGUUGGCCCAUGGAACCCAUACACUGGACACCUUUCCCCAUACUGCAUCAGCUAUCUCUACAGUCUCCGUUUCACGCACGCAGACCGCACUCAUAUUUUGAGGGAAUGGAAUUGGUCAACACUGAACGAAGCUGGACAGCGUAGUACCGGAGUCCUAGGGCCAGUGUCAGGAAGCAAGAACAUUUCUAAUGGAGUUACAAAGCAACCAAGCAACUUAGCCUAACGUAGUAUUCUCGUAUUCAGUCUUUUUAAAACACCAACAGGUCUGGGUGUUAGACUAUAUGCUUAAAUGCAUGCAGGUCUAUAAAGGUGGCUAAGCAUGGUUUAUGUAUCUCAGCUGAAGCACAUUGGUAAUUAAAUCAUGGACUGUUGUGGUGUCUCCUGAGGACUGAAACCUCCUUUCAUCUUCUAAUAAAAGAAACAGAUCAUUAUAUGUUGCCAAAGCCCUUUACGUAUUGGAACCUCCACAGCAUUGUGUUUAUUUUUUUUACCACUUGAAUAGAAUCUUUGGUUACAAUACUUCAAAAAAUGUACUUGAGUUUUAAGCUGAAAAAUGUCUAUGUUGUGAUGUGAUUCCAAGAUAUUCCACAUUAUUUCAGAAAUACUAUUAAACUAAAACUGAGACGGCUUAUUGAUGUACAAAUAUGACUUCUGUCUUAGGGAACUGACAAAUUAUGAUGCAUCGGACCAAGUUGCACAUAGAAUAAAGCAAUUUUAUGACAUAA